AUGGCUUCAAAAACGCCUGCAAAGACGUCUACCAGAAAUCGCAAACACAAUGAACCAAACGCUCCCAAACCUCCCGCCUCGGAUCCAGCAGCAGAUGGCCCUCACGUCAACUAUGCAGAGGUCCAGGCCGAGGAGAUCGACGUCCUUCAAGCCAUCUACAUGGAAGACUAUGAAGAAGUAGAAGUCAAGACUGCCUGGAGCAAGAGCUCCGAUCGGGCAUUCAAACUCAAAUUGAAAGCCUUCUCUGAUGAAUCUACCUUUGUCGUUCUAUCUGCAAAGUUGACGGCGACCUAUCCCAAAUCUGCGCCUGUGCUUCAGAUAGAAGGUUUGGACAAGUUGCAAGCUCAGGCCAAGAAGCGUGUUCAAAAUGUUGUCAAGAACAGACCAGCUGAGAUGGCCGGCGAAGUCAUGAUGCAUGCUAUCGCAUCAGACAUUCAGGAUGCUCUUGAGGACGCGGUCCAGGCUAGAGAGCAGGGCGCCAAGAGAGUGCAGGCUGCCCAGGAUGAGGAAGAACGCAUGCUGCAAAAAAUGGUUCAGGAUGAGGUCGAACGUCCCGUCGCGCUCGGACCUGGUGUAGAAAGCGUCCCUUUCAACACUGUUACCAUGGUAGCGCCUAUUGCUUCCAAAGGCCAGAUGAGUAUCUACGCUACUCAACCCAAGUUGUCGAGAGGCUCCUUUAUGAGUCCGACCAUGCUUGCAGUUCGCCGUUUGUCCUUGAAGAUAGUACAUGGUGACGCUACGAGCAAGAACCAUUUAUUGGCCUUAGAAGAAGAGCUUGAAGCGCUGAAAGUACUUCGUCAACCCAACAUCGUCAACGUUUAUGCUUUCAAGGUUGGAAAGCCCGAGGGAAGAGAUGGAGGACUGAACCAAGAUUGGGAUGUCUCAGUCCUAUCAGAUCUUGCCAAUAGAGGAAGUCUCGCCGAGAUGCUCGAAGAUGGCAACACUGUACCGCCCGCUAAAGCAAAGCAAUGGUCUCUAGACUUGCUUGAAGCCUUGGAUUACUAUCACCGUCACGGUAUUGUACACAAACGCAUACACAGCGCUAACAUUCUGCUGUUUCGAUCAGACACUGGAGUCACUGCACCGAAACUAGCAGACGCUGCCUAUGAAGACAGGCUACUCAGGCUACAAGGUCGAGCAAGCACCCUGGAAAAAGGCAAGAAGAUGGCAGCAUGGCUUGCACCCGAGUGCUCUGGAGAAGACGCCACCUUCACUCGACGAAGCGAUGUUUGGGAUUUUGGUGUCCUGCUUGUCCAGAUGCUCUUUGGUACUGCUAUCACUCGCAAGUACAAUGGUCCAAUGACUAUGCUUGAGUCUCUUGAUCUAUCCGAACCUCUCAGCGAUGUUCUGCGCAGAGUCUUCAGCAAAGAACCUAAGAACAGACCUACGGCCUUUGAGCUGAUUCCUAGCGAGUUCUUCCGCAGCGACUUACCCAUUAUUAACACGGAGUUCUCCAAGGGUCAACGCAGACAAUCCUCCUCUAUGGGCUUCUCAGGUGACUUCAAGAGUCCUAUCGCUAGGCGCUCUAGGCAGAAUUCUCAGAGCGUUGGCGAAGGUCCAGUGUUUUCAAGGUAUACCAAAGACUUCACCGAGCUAGGUCGCCUCGGUAAGGGUGGCUUCGGUGAAGUUGUCAAAGCUCGCAACAAGCUUGAUGGCGGAGUCUACGCCAUCAAGAAGGUCAAGCAAGACUCGGCUGCGCAACUUGAGCACGUUUUGUCCGAAGUCAUGCUUCUGCAUAGACUCAAUCAUGCUUAUGUAGUCCGUUACUACUCGGCCUGGGUCGAGGACGACUUGUCUGGCAUGGUUGAAUUAGACCAGGAGUCUGUCUCGUUCGCAGAAGAUAUGACGACCUCCUCAGGCGAUGGCAUCCAGUUUGGCAUGAGCAGUCGUGGCUUGGACUUUGUCAGCUCGAGCGGCCUUGGUGACGAUAUUGUCUUUGGCGAAGACAGCGAUGAUGAAGAAGAGGAGGAUAAUGAUGAUGACGAGGAUUCGGCGUCUGGAACCGAGACCGAUGGUCGCAUUACAAACGGAAGGUCCAUCUUCAGAAAUGACGCGCCUUCAGAGAGUGCGAUCAGCGAUGGUGAGGAUACCGACUCGCGACCUCAAAGAACACAUCGCGCCUCAUCUCGUCGCUUCAUGCGCUCUACACUUUAUAUCCAGAUGGAAUAUUGCGAGAGACAUACUCUUCGAGAUUUGAUCAGGAAAGACAUGUACGCGAGGCCCGAACAAGGCUGGCAAAUGCUCCGACAAGUUCUCGAAGGUCUUGCUCAUAUCCACAAUCAUGGCAUCAUCCAUCGUGAUCUCAAACCCGACAACAUUUUUAUCGACGUUGCCGGCAACCCUCGUAUCGGAGACUUUGGAUUGGCCACGACAAGCCAGUACACUAGCGCUGACAAAGUCAUGGCCAGCACUAAUAUAGGUGCCGACAUGACCAGGAGUGUCGGGACUGCCAUGUAUGUUGCGCCCGAGAUUAAGUCUGGUUCUGGAGUGAACUACAACGACAAAGUCGACAUGUACUCGCUCGGCAUCAUAUUCUUCGAGAUGUGCUUCCCACUCCGGACAGCCAUGGAGCGCCAUGAGGUGUUGUUAAAGAUGAGAGAGAAAGAGCAUGUCUUGCCUUCGGAAUUUCAAGCCCCAGAUAAGGUACUUCAAGGCAACAUCAUUAUGGAUUUGAUCAGUCACUCUCCUGGCGAUCGCCCAAGCAGCUUGGAACUCCUUAGAAGCGGGAAGUUGCCGGUGCAGAUCGAGGAUGAGACUAUCCGACAAGCCUUGCAAAGUCUCACCGAUCCGGGAUCAGAGUACUACCAGAAGAUGAUGACAGCUUUGUUCACUCAGACGCCCGAUCAUCGAAUCAAAGACUUUGCAUGGGAUGCCAAAGCCAGCAAGGAACCACCGACAGCCGAAGAUUUUCGUGUAAGAGACAUUGCCAGAAAUACCCUUUGUUCCAUCUUCCGCAGGCACGGAGCCGAAGAGACGCAACGUACUUUGCUGCUUCCCCGAUCCAGCUACUACACUGCACCCAAUAUCGUUCAACUCUUGGAUGGUACAGGUAACCUCUUGCAACUGCCAUAUGAUCUAGUUCUGCCACAUGCAAGGCGUCUUGCCAAACAGGAACCCUCGGUCGAAAAAACGUUCGUCUUUGGCAAUGUCUUUCGUGACACCCUUAGCGGAGGUCCUCCUAGAACAAUCAAGGAAGUCGACUUUGAUAUUGUGACUAAAGAGAGCGAUGAUCUUGCACUACAAGAAGCAGAAGUCCUCAAAGUAGUCGACGAGAUUAUCGAUGAGGUCCCCGCACUGUCUUCGCAGCCUAUGUGCUUUCAUCUGAGCCAUUCCGAUCUGUUGGAGCUCAUUCUUGACUUCUGUCGCAUCGACAAAUCCCAAAGACCGAUCGUUAAGGAAACACUCAGCAAGCUAAACAUCCAUCAGUUUGGCUGGUCAAAGAUACGUGCUGAACUUCGCUCACCAUUGAUUGGUAUUCACUCUACAUCCUUGGACGAUUUGGCACAGUUCGACUUCCGUGAGACUCCUGACAAGGCUUUGAGAAAGAUGCAAGAGAUUCUUGAGGACAGCACACACGCUAGCAGGAUCAGAAGACCCAUGGAACACAUUAAGCAUGUGGUCGAUGCUAUGAAGCUCUUUGGCGUCCGGCGCAAGAUAUACAUCUGUCCCUUGGGCAGCGUCAACGAGAAAUUCUACACCGGAAGUGUGUUGUUCCAAUGCAUUUAUGACAAGAAGAACAGAAACGUCUUUGCUGCAGGCGGAAGGUACGACCGACUCAUCGAUGCCCAUCGCUCUCGCGCCCAUGCCACAAGUGAGGCGUGUCAUGCUGUUGGCGUCAGCAUCGGCUGGGAUGGCCUCAUUGCGGCAAUCAUGAGGCACAAGAAAAAUGCAAUCAACAGUGCAUACCUCAAGAAGGGCCAAGAAGAGUCACUCAGCCCAGUCUGGAACGCAAAGCGCUGCGACAUCCUCGUAGCUUCUGGCGACCCAACCGUCCUCCGCUCCACCGGCAUCAAAGUGCUCUCCAGCCUCUGGGCCAACGACUUCAGCGCCGAACUAGCCACAGACGCACGAACCAUUGACGAUGUGCUCAGCAAGCAGCGAGACGCAUCCCACCCCUGGAUCGUCAUGGUCAAGCACGAAGCCUCCAGCACCUUCAAAGUCCGCAACAGCACCACAGACACCGAGACCGAAGUUGCCAGCACGAACUUGAUCUCGCACAUGCGCUCUGAGAUGCGUGAACGAGAGUCGCGCGAGGCAGGCAACCAUCGCUCUCGCCACCAUCCAUCACUCAUCCGCCAUUCCUCUCACCACAACGAAGGCAAUGGUAACAGCGAGCGCGGUAAGAAUAACGUCCAAGUCCUCAUGGCCCAGCACCGCGGCAAGAAAAGCAACAAAUACCACAUCGUGGAAGCGGCCCAACAGCGCUGGGCCUCCUACAUCGACACCUGGAAGUCUGCGCCCAUCCUCGCCAUCGAAGGACGUGAAGGCAUCGUCGACAACAUCCGCGACGAGACUCGACUCUCGGAUCCGGAUUCGUGGCGUAAACUGAUUCAGAACACGCCACUUGCUGAACGUCAGUAUUUGGCUCAAGUUCAUGAGUUGCUGUUGGAGAUGAGGAAGAAAUGGGAGCAGCAGGAGGAAGGAGCUAGUAGAGAGGCUUGUCUGUAUAACUUCAGAACUGCCAAUUGCGUUUACUACGAUGUUGGAUUGUAG